AUGAUAUGUUAUGGUAAUGUACCUCGUAUGCUCCGGAAGUACAUCUCCAAAAUACUUUCGCACGACUUUUAUCCAAUCAAAUCAAUCAAAUGAAUUUUUUAAUUACAGUGCGAAAGUGAAACCAAUGAGCAAGUCAGGCACCUGCCCCCCAUUCGAUUCCAGCCCUGCUGCUUCUUCCGCCGCUUUCGUGCUGGUUCGAUGUUUAACGGAGGGGUGCAGGUGCAAGCAGUUGCUUUUCAUCUUUAAGCUUUAGAACAACCUCAUACUUAUUUUUUUUUCUUGUGACGGUUUUCCGCAUUCCACCGCUUUUCUUCUAUCCUCUUCCUACCAAUUCGAUAAAUCCCAUUUUUUCUGUUAUCUGUCGAACAAGUUCAACGUCGUUAUUUUUCAACGUUGAGAUCACUAUUUAACAACCCCGCUCCCACCUAUUUCAAUCUUUCUAUAAGACACUCAACGACAUAUACCCCACUAUCAUCAGAAACUACUACAUCAUCGCUGCCAACAUGUCGCAGGUUACUCCCGAAGUUCUAUGGGCUCAGCGCUCCUCUAACACCGACCCCGAGAAGAACUUCAUCUAUCUCACUAUCUCGGUUCCCGAUGUACCCAAGGAGAAUCUGAAGCUUGAUCUGCAGCCAACAACCUUGACUUUCACCGGCCACUCAGACACACUCAAGCGAACAUACCACUUGGACCUCACAUUCUAUGCUGAGAUCGACCCCGCUGCCAGCAAUGUGCACCAUACUGCCCGUAACGUCGAGCUAAAACUGCGCAAGAAGGAACUUGACGAUGCCUACUGGCCCCGUCUGCUCAAGGAAGCUAAGAAAGUCCAAUUCCUAAAGACCGACUUUGACAAGUGGGUCGAUGAGGAUGAGCAGAAUGAGGCUCCUGAGGAUGAUUUGUCGCAAUUUGGCGGCGGCAUGGGAGGCAUGCCAGGAAUGGGUGGCAUGGAAGGUUUGGGAGGUAUGGGAGGUAUGGGUGGCAUGGGCGGUGGCGACUUCAGCGGUAUCGACUUCUCCAAGCUCGGUGGCGACAUGGGUGGAGGCGAUGAAGAAGACGAUGAAGAUGACGACGACGAAAUGCCAGCCCUCGAAGGUGACGAAGAGGCCAAGACAGAGAGCAAGGUAGAGGAGAUCAAGGAAGCUGAGGAGACCAAGGCACCAGCGUAAAGGACUUAUCGAACGAGCUACAAAGGCCUUCGCCCUCCCGCGGUUUCCUUAUACUAGACUAGUUGUACCCGUCCUGUCAAGCCCAAAGAUAUUUUAGGCGCAAAUCGAAUUGACAAGUAGUGAUGCGGUUCAGGCAUGUUUCGGAAACCGGCGAGCUAUUGGCUAGCUAGGAGGUUAGGUUACCUGUGUACUUGACGCUGGAAUCCGAUGGGAAUGGAUUUUAUUAUUAAGUAAUCAAGCAGUUUCUCCUGCAGUCUCCCCUGCAGCAUGACAAUCAGGAAUCUUAAUAGAGUUCGGCCAUGAACAGUGAAUAACAACAUACCCAGGUAGCUAGUGAACAGUCAACAAUAAACAAGGGGUCACAGUUCCAUGUCAA